AUGCAGCAUCAUCGUGCACGCCCACCUCCCGUUUCGAGAGUGCGUCACCAGCCACAGCCGAGUGUUGCCGAAGCUUCGUCGCUGUUUGGCGAGCCGACGGGCGGAAGCGUAGACAUCUUUGGCAUGACGAAAUCGCCUACAUGGCUUGAGCCGAUCAAAGAUGCCGUGCAGAAUAACGCGCCGGAACGUGCUGUGACUGCGUUACCUGUGCAAGCGUCAAAGCCGAAUGCACCGGAACAAGCAUGGGCCGACAAGCAAUCUCCCCAUGAACUCGCUCCGCAAUGGGACGAAUGGGAUCAUGGCACAGAGGACGAUGAUCCACAGUACGGGCAAUAUGACGCACAGGCAGGAGCACCAGCAGGCUUGCAAUACGAGCAGCAUACUCAGCAGUACGGUGCUGCACACGGUAAAGACCACCGGGUCGAGCAAUAUGACCAGGGUCACCAGACUGAAUGGAAUACACAAUAUGGUCAUAAAGGUCAGUGGAACGAUGGUGAAGUGCCGCUGCAAGAGGACGUUGGCUGGGAUCAGCCUGCUGAGCAGGAGGGCUGGGACCGUUGGGAACAAGGCACUGGUCAAGACGAGACUCAGUACGAUGGGUAUGAGCAGUACGGACAAGCGGCUGAGUACGAUGUUCAAGCUGAGGAGUAUGACCAAGGGUUGUACGAUCAGCAGGCGCAUUAUGGCACUCAAGCAGAGUACGACCCUCGAGCGGAACAGUACGAUCCUCAAGCGGAGUACGACCCUCAAGCGGAGUACGACCCUCAAGCGGAGUACGACCCUCGAGCGGAGUACGAUCCUCAAGCGGAACAGUACGAUCCUCAAGCGGAGUACGACCCUCAAGCAGAGUACGAUCCCCAAGCAGAGUACGAUCAUCAAGCAGAGCACGAUCCCCAAGCAGAGUACGAUCCUCAAGCGGAACAGUACGAUCCUCAAGCGGGAUACGACCAGUACGGCCAGCAGCCUGAAUGGGAUCAGGACAAAAAUGCUUACAAUGCGCAGCAAGGCUGGUUCGAGUCGGACAAACCUGCCCAAGGACUUGGCGUAUCUGUUGACCAAGAAGACUACAACUACAAUACCGAGUACAAUGCGCCGGACGACUACGAUUAUGUGAACGAGCAGGCGUACAAUGCGGAGGCCGAUGCGUUCCUCGAUCCUUCGCAGUACGAUGCCGAAUUGGAUGCGGCAAUGGAGCAGUACGGUGUGGAUGCGCCAGAUGUGGCACAAACGCUGAAUCACCCGGUGCAAGAGCAGCCGCGUGAGCUACCGCAGCCAGCGCCGCACGCUCCAGUAUUUGCACCAUCGCCCACAAAGCCGCCGCGCAUGCAACCGCUUCGUCUACGGCCAGAGUCUACUACGCGCACUCCAAUGCGCAAAGAGCAUGACGUAUUUAACCCAUGGCCCGGGGCGCCAGCAGAGCAAGCCGCAGAGCUUGUGCCAACGAGGCAGGGAGCUGAGCAACGACCUCAAGUUUCGCCCCACAAAGUCCAAAGCCCUCCGAAAGCGCUUCACGGCCCGCCUCAAGGUCCGCCUCAGCGACGUGCGCCUCAAAAUUCUGUACCCCGCCAAGCACAACAAGACCCAAGCACGGCUCCAAAACACAUCUUGCCCGAGCAUGGUUCUCGCAUGCUCCCAAAACAAGAGCCGCUUUUGAAAGACGUGCGCGCACCGCCCAAAGUUGACACAAAGACGCCUCCUAAACAGGACAAACAAGUGCAACAAAAGUGCGAGCGGCCAGCACAGGCACGGCUUGCGUCUCCUGCCCAAGUGAACGAAAUUCAGGACAAUGCAUGGGGCCGGGGCGAACAUGUUCCUGCGCUCAUGCAAGGAGCGCCAGCGCAGCGCUUGACAACGAAACCUGCUCAGCAACGUGCGCAGCGGCCACCGAUGCCUGUGUCGCUCAAGAGCGUGCCUCCUCAAGCGCAGCGUACAGACUCAACGGCGCCGCAGCAGUCAAAUGCAGGGCAUACGCCUCGUCUGCGCUCAGGCAAGAUCCCCAAAGCCGUGCCGGAGCCGAUGCCGAUGCCAGUACCAGUACCAGUACUGGCGCCGGAGCCAGAGGCGGAUGCUUGGGGCUUGGAGCAGGAUACGCAAGACCAGGGAUGGGAUGCAUGGGAUAUGCCUGCCGACAAGGAGUCUGAGCAAGAGGGCGACUUUGAGCGUCGCGAUAGUGUGCACGACUUAGGCGAGGCGUUUGACGAGCAAGCAGCAGGCGUUCCGUAUCAGGAAGGUGCUGAGCAGUAUGAUCUGCAGAGCGAGCAGCCUUUGGAAGGGGAGUAUGACGCACAGUAUGAUGGCCAUGAUACCGCGUAUGGCGGCGAGACAUACGACGGAGGGGCACAAGAAAAAGAGGCGUAUGAAGAAGAGGCGUAUGAAGAAGAGACCUACGAAGGAGAGACCUACGAAGGAGAGACCUACGAAAGGGAGACCUACGAAGGAGAGACGUACGAAGGAGAGACAUAUGAAGGAGAGGCGUAUGAAGGAGAGGCGUAUGAAGGAGAGACGUACGAAGGCGAUGCGUAUGAAGGAGAGACGUACGAAGGAGAAACGCACGAAGCGGAUCCAGCGUACAAGCAGCUUGCGUAUGAACAAGAAACAACAUACGACGAGCCCGUGCACGAGCAAGAGCCGACGUACGAGCAAGAAGCAGCGUACGACGAGCCUGCGUACAAACAACCCCUGUACGGACCGAACGAGCCGCUCCUUUCCGAGCCAAUUCCUCCCCAAGCCCUCUAUUCCACCACACCGUCGCCUCAGAAGCGCACCGCCCCGCUCCGCUCUCCCGUGCGUACUCAGCGCUCCAAAGCACAUGAUCCUCUACAGGAACGCAAGCAAGCCACUGUCCCCUUGGCUAGCUUUGCGAUUGGCGGCCAACUACUCACGCAUUUCCCCCACGGCAAGACCCAAGGCGAUGCACUUGGCUACGAUGCGCCACGCAAGCAGCAAACAAUUACUGUACGCAAGCUUGCUAAUGUGCUUGGCACACGCACCUUUUCCACGCUCGACCUGGACAGGUUUCCCGGCCCCCUCUUUGACAUGCGCUCGCGCACAAACGCGAAAAAGAAGGACGCUGUCGUCAGCUACCUACAGGACCAAAUUGACGAAGCGGCGAGCGGUGUCGGCUACCUGCGGCGCAAAUCAGUCCUUUCUAUCGAAGGCAGCAAUUCAGCGGCGCAUAAUGCUGUGGAAGAGUGGCGGCGCACCGAAGACAAGAUUCUCCUUUUGCGCCUCCUCCUCCUUCUUGUCGAGCACAAUGGCGAGUUUGGCAAUGACCCUGCGCUUGUGAGCAAAAUCGCUGCAAUGCUCCAAGGCAAGACGGACACUGCAGAAGUAGCUGCGUUUGCCGUGCCGACCUAUGCACAAACGCCCCAAUCUGCCAAGUCGCGCCCAUUGCGCACGUAUACGCUCCGCCAGCCCUUCCUCGACGAGCUGCAGCCGAUGCUUCAGCAAGGCGAGGUCAGCCGCGCCGUGGAGUACGCCGUGGCGCAGCACAUGUGGCCCCACGCCAUGGCCAUUGCACAGUCGAUGGACAUCUCGACGCAGUCCAAGGUGAUGGACGCAUUCAUGGCCUACGAGCUUGACGGCGCCGACCAUGCUGACGGCGCAAUGCUCAAAGACAGGACGAGUCUCAAGAUUGCCUAUGGCAUGUACACGCGCCAGACGCCGGAGCAGAUUGCACGUGUAUUCAACGAGCGUGCUUCGACGCUCUCGCCCGAGGCCAAGCAUGCCCAGUGGCGCCAGUCGGUAGCGACCAUCUGGUCGAAUCAGCAUGCGGGCGCGGAUAGAGGUGUGAUCAAAGCAAUUGGCGACAGUCUGAUGGAUGCGAGCCUUCCCGAGGCGGCGCAUGUAUGCUAUCUUGUCGCCGGCGAGCACCGCGCAUGGCUUGCCGAUGCACAACACUUUGUGCUGCUCGGUGCAAGGCCAGAUGCCAAGGCUGCUACGCUGCUCAACGAUAUGGAUACGCUGCUCAUGACCGAGGUACUUGAGUAUGCAAUGUCGCUCACACCUGUGCGCAAAGGACAAGAUGCUUUUGGCGGUAUUCCUGCGCUUGCGCCAUACAAACUUGCGCUUGCAGCUACGUUUGACGAGUUGGCAGAUACGGCGAGGGCCAAGGCGUAUGCGCACGCGCUUGCAUCGGCAAGCAAGGCGAACAAGUCGUUAGCGUACAGUGCAGCCCUCCUUGCCGAACUGCAGGCUUUUUCCAGCAAGAUAGAGGGACGACAGCUCGGCACAAGUGACUCUCAUUCGUGGGUGGGCCGCAAGCUGCAGCGCCCUACACUCGAUGGUGUUUGGGGUGCUCUAGAAGGCAAGCUCACCAAGUUUAUCGCAGGGGAAGAAAAUGGAAAGGCAGAUAAAGCACCUGCUGGAAAGGUCGGUGCGUUUACGCAUUACAGUGCUAUUACGCCCGAAGUCCCGUCUGGCUCAGUGCAGUUGGAUGCGUUUCAAGUGGCCGACGAGCAGGCGGAGUAUGUGCACGAGCAGACGGAUGCACACAAGGACGAUGUGUAUAAUGCCGAGCAUUAUGCUGCGAGUUAUGGUGGCUAUGAAGGCCAAGAGUACGACCAGCAGUACGAAGGCCAGGGGUACGACCAGCAGUACGAUGGUCAAGAAUAUGACCAGCAGUACGAUGGUCAAGAGUAUGACCAGCAGUAUGAAGGCCAGGAGUACGACCAGCAGUACGAAGGCCAGGGGUACGACCAGCAGUACGAUGGUCAAGAAUAUGACCAGCAGUACGAUGGUCAAGAGUAUGACCAGCAGUAUGAAGGCCAGGAGUACGACCAGCAGUACGAAGGCCAGGGGUACGACCAGCAGUACGAUGGUCAAGAAUAUGACCAGCAGUACGAUGGUCAAGAAUAUGACCAGCAGUAUGAAGCUCAAGAACACGAUCAGCAGUAUGAAGGCCAAGAGUACGACCAGCAGUACGAUGGUCAAGAGUAUGACCAGCAGUACAAUGGUCAAGAACACGAUCAGCAGUAUGAAGGCCAAGAGUACGAUCAGCAGUACGAUGGUCAAGAACACGACCAGCAGUACGGCGAGCAAUCCGAUCCGCAGCCCGACCAGCAGGAGCCUCAGGAUCAAGCUCAAAAGCAGGACCCGGGCGCGCAGGAUGCCCAACAGGAUGCCCAAGACGCUUUACAGGCCCCAAAUGCGGAACCUGAGUAUCCUGCUCAAGUCCCCGCACCCGAGCCUUCGUCCACUUCAAAUCCCAUCGCGGAUCCCUCUGAAGAAGGUCUCGACACCAUUGACGAGAAGCCUGAUCAAGAGACAGACGAAUCCAAACCCAAGCCGCCUCCCAUGUUCCACAAGGUCGAGCCGAAUGAGCAGCUUGUAGAAGAGGACGGCAUCCUCAACCCAAUGCCAGUCUUUUCUGCUCCCAUCCCGCCCUCCAAGCCUACACCGCAUGCGAAAGAGCCUGCGCCCGUUGAAGACGACGAUCUCGGUCUUGGCAAUGCGCCGCGCAAACCCAAGCAAGAGACCCCUCCUGCGCCCUCCCAGCCCAAAGAAGAGCCGAAGAAGCAGGAAAAGCCCAGCGGCGGCUCCUGGUUCGGCCGUCUCCUUGGCUCGCGUACAAGCAGUGAUUCCGCUGAAAAAGAAGGCGCAAAGAAGGCGCAUUUGGGCGAAGCGACCUCGUUCUACUACGACAAGGAGCAGAAGCGGUGGGUCAACAAAAAGGCCGGCGACGAAGGCAAAGCCACGCCACCAGCGCUCCCUCCGCCGCCAAAAGCGCCCAAGACGGAGCCAAGUGCGGCGCUGCCUACAAAGCCAAGUGCUCCGCCAGCCGCGUUGCCGAAACCGCGCAAAGCAGUGAGCACUGUGCCGCCCAGCAAUGUAGGCUACGGCGAUCCGCCCGUGCGAAAGCAGCACGAGGAUGCGCCGCCUCGUGCGACAUCGGCAGCGGCAAAGAAGCGCCCAUUAAAGUCGCGCUAUGUCGUGAUAGAUUGA